CAGCCUUUUUUUUCGCCCAAGAGUUGAGCCAAGUCUAUUUGACUUUUGUUUUAUUUUUUCCUUCCGUGUUCUUACUUCUUGCGAACGUCAAAGACGGCAAUGGCAAGUCCAAGAACAGAGAACGCAACUUCCAUCUACGACUUCACUGUCAAGGAUGCCGCAGGAAAUGAUGUUAAUCUUAGCACUUACAGGGGGAAAGUACUUCUGAUAGUAAAUGUUGCCUCAAAAUGUGGGAUGACCAAUUCAAAUUACGCAGAGCUGAAUCAAUUAUAUGAGAAGUACAAAGAUCAAGGCUUAGAGAUACUUGCAUUUCCAUGCAAUCAGUUUGGUGAGGAAGAACCCGGAAGUAAUGAUCAGAUUGUAGAGUUUGUCUGCACUCGCUUCAAAUCAGAGUUCCCUGUAUUUGGCAAGACCGAAGUAAAUGGUAACAACUCUGCUCCAUUGUACAAAUUCUUGAAGUCAGCCAAAUGGGGAAUCUUAGGGGAUGACAUUCAGUGGAAUUUUGCCAAGUUUUUGGUUGAUAGAAAUGGACAAGUUGUCGAUCGCUAUUACCCCACCACAUCUCCUUUGAGCCUCGAGUAUGACAUAAAGAAGCUGUUGGCUGUUGCAUGAUUGUUGCAGAGAUGAAGGCUGUCAUUGCAGUGUGACAUAAAGAAGCUGUUGGCUAUUGCAUGAUUGUUGUCAUUGCAGGCUUGUCAGUGUCCUUGUACAACUUAAAACCACUUUAUCUUUGCUCCUCUUAACAGUUUUUGUGAUGUAUCAGCCUAACGAGUCCGGGACACCCUUAUAAAUUACAAAAUAUGAAAGAUAAGUUCUAUUUUGUAUAAUUGGCAACCUUGAAAAUUAAUCCAUCCAGUGACAUUAUUACUUGUCA